CUAGGUAUUCAGCAAUGGAACUGUUUUAUCGAGUGAGAACAAGGAGCCUCCUCAAGCCAAAUUCUUCCCCCCUCUCAGAAAUGCGAUGCUGCCUCCUGACACAUUCAAAGGGAAAGUAGCUUUUAUCACAGGAGGCGGCACGGGGCUUGGAAAAGGCAUGACAACUGCUUUAUCGAGGCUGGGUGCCGAGUGUGUUAUCGCUAGCAGGUAUGUAUGGGCAAUACUGCAGACAUUGUGUGUGUGUGUGUGUGUGUGUGUGUGUGUUUUUAACCUUUUCUUACUUUCUUACAGUUUAUUUGCUAAAGUGAGAAUACAAAUGGAAUCUCAAAUCUAACACCAAAGUAGCCAAACUGAAAGCAGAGUUGACUUUAAUAUUUUUUUUUUCAGUUUGACUAUUUUGACACGAAACUUGAAAUCCACUUUGAAUUCUCAUUUAAGUGAAUAUCCCCGAUAGUUGAAUUAAUCUAGGGAAUAGUUUCUUUACAGUUGCUUUUUUAUGUCUAUAUUUUUUUUUUUUUUUUAGUAAAGUUCAAUUAUUUAUUAAAAAGCAAAUGUAGAUUGCCAUGAAGUCUGCAAUUACAAACAUUUGUGAAAAAAUAGUCACAGAGCGUGGUCAGCAAGUGUUGAGGCACAUGGUGCAUAAUAGUCACGAACGUUGUGCUGAUUCCAUAACUGAGUUUCAAACUUCCACUGGCACAGAGCUCGAGUCCUGCAGGAACGCAUGGGAAUGGCGUUCCUGCACUUUUUCCAAAGCAGGAACGCCGUUCCCGUUACCUGUCCUGCAGGACCGGCCCUGCUACCUGCACAGAGGGGCCAGCACACGCUGUGUUCCUUCUCCAGCUAUAACUCUCGCGAGACCCGCGGCUGUUACCAUGGCAACGCUCCGCACAGGCGAGUCUCGCGAGAGUUAGAGCUGGAGAGGGAACACAGCGUGUGAUGGCCCCUCUGUGCAGCGGCUGGCUCCCUCCAGCAUACCACCGGACCACCAGGCGAUCUCCCCCCUCCCUGACAAGGUAAGAAGCAGGGAGGGGGGGAUAAAAUAAAAUAAAUAUAGACACAUAAAGUAAAAAAAAAAUGCUUCCCCUCCCCAUCAUCCAGCACACAUACACUCACACACCCAUCAUCCAGCACUCACACACACAUCAUCCAGCACUCACACACCCAUCAUCCAGCACACACACACCCAUCAUCCAGAACUCACACACACAUCAUCCAGAACUCACACACCCAUCAUCCAGCACACACACACACACAUCAUCCAGCACACACACACCCAUCAUCCAGCACUCACACACCCAUCAUCCAGCACACACUCACACACACAUCAUCCAGCACACACACACACCCAUCAUCCAGCACUCACACACCCAUCAUCCAGCACUCACACACCCAUCAUCCAGCACUCACUCACACAUCAUCCAGCACUCACACACACACAUCAUCCACUCACACACCCAUCAUCCAGCCUCACACAUCAUCCAGCAGCACUCACACACACAUCAUCCAGCACACACACACAUCAUCCAGCACUCACACACACAUCAUCCAGCACUCACACACACAUCAUCCAGCACUCACACACUCUUCAUCCAGCACUCACACACUCUUCAUCCAGCACUCACACACACGUCAUCCAGCACUCACACACACGUCAUCCAGCACUCACACACACGUCAUCCAGCACUCACACACACGUCAUCCAGCACACACACACAUCAUUCAGCACGCACACACACGUCAUCCAGUGCGCACACACACGUCAUCCAGCGCGCACACACACAUCAUCCAGCACACACUGCAUUCAUUAUACACACUCUUCACUCACUACAAACACACUACACUCACUAUACACUCACUACAAACACACUACAUUCACUAUACACCCUCUGCAUUCACUAUACACACUCUGCAUUCAUUAUACACAUUCUGCACUCACUACACACUAUACACACUCUGCAUUCACUACACACACUACAUACACUUCACUACAAACACACUACAUACACUGCAUUCAUUGUACACACUCUGCACUCACUACAAACACACUAAAUUCAUUAUACACAAUUUGCACUUACUACAAACACACUAUAUUCAUUAUACACACUCUGCACUCACUACAAACACACUAUAUUCAUUAUACACACUCUGCAUUCAUUAUACACACUGCACUCACUACAAAAACACAACAUUCACUAUACACACACUGCAUUCACUAUACACACUGCACUCACUACAAACACACUACAUUUAUUAUACACACUGCACUCACUACAAAUACACUAAAUUUUUUAUACACACUGCACUCACUACAAAUACACUACAUUCAUUAUACACACUCUGCACUCACUACAAAUACACUACAAUUAUUAUUCACACUGCACUCACUACAAACACACUACAUUUAUUAUUCAUACUCUGCAUUUACUACAAACACACUACAUUCAUUAUACACACCCUGCACUGCACUAUAUGCAUAGGAGUGUAAUUUAAAAAAAAAAAAAAAUUAGGGGGGGGGUGGGGGGGAGGCAGGAAUCUUGGGUGAGUUCCCACACUUUUUUCCCCAGGACUUGACCCCUGCACUGGCAUAAAUAUAAGGUGUUAAAGCCACAGGCUUUAUAAUGUAAACACUGCCUUUUCAGAGAAUUCCUGCCUAAUAAAACCUCUAGUGACGGCCACUAGAGGUUCCUCCUAGUCCACCUACAUUCAAUGUCUCCACUUUCUGCAUCGAUUGAUUUAAGGCAUCUCUAUGAGGGGAUGCUGAUUGGCGCAACAAUGUGUUUAGCCAUGCAAUGCUUUCCUAUGAGAAAGCAUUAGAUUGGCUGAGAUCAUCAUGACUGAUUAUCUCCGCCAUGCAGGUGAGGCCAGCUGCAGAGAGACCAACACGGCAUGGCGGAAAGAAAUUAGUAAAAACACCUUUCCCAGGCAAUUGGAGGAGGGCCGGUAACCUCACUUACAGGCACGCUCACAAACUCCCUGACAGAGAAACACAUGAGGGAGCAGAGAAAGAAGAUUACUUAGGUGGCCUAGGCCUACUACCAGGAGGAGUAAGAAAUAAUAUAUAUAGUGAGGACCCCGCGAUCACAUGGCCCGGGGGAGGGAGGGGCGGAUCGGGCAAAGGGGUUCUCCUGAGCUCCCUGGCAGACCCCAGGACCGUGACCCGCAGGGACCCAGUAAGUACAAAGGACGGCAGGGACGUUCUAUGCUGCCCACCGGCAUUUAGGACCGCCUUAAAAAAGGACGGAAUAGCCGGCUUAUGCAGUGCCUCUCCCUGUCAUGCCUGUAAAAAAGUUAGUAAAAGUUAUUAAACAGUUUUAAAAUUAAAUAGUAUUUAGAUUAUAUAUAUAUAUAUAUAUAUAUAUAUAUAUAUAUAUAUAUAUAUAUAUAUAUAUAUAUAUAUAUAUAUAUAUAUAUGUGUAUAGUCAUUCUAAGUGUAUUUUAAUAUAUAUAUAUUAAAAUACACUUAGAAUGACUAUACAUAUAUAUAUAUAUAUAUAUACACGUUUAUUAAUGAUGUGUAUAUAUAAAAGUACUUAGAUUAUAUAUAUAUAUAUAUAUAUAUAUAUAUAUUGCCUGAUUGGUUAAGUUGCCUUUGAGACCGUAUGGUAGCCCAAGAAUGAGGAUUACCCUCAAGAUGGCAUACCAUUUACAAAAGCAGACAACCCAUGGUAUAAUGCAAAUGGGGUAUGUCCAGUUUUUUUUAGUAGCCACUUGGUCACAAACACUGGCCAAAAUUAGCGUUUAAUUUAUUUUUUUUGCAUUUUUCACAAACAAUCAAAUAUAACUUUUGCCAGUAUUUGUGACUAAGGCAAAUUUCAAUGUGUAUAAACUGAAAAAUUUAAUGUGCUAUAUUUGAUCCGAUAACUUUCCAAAACACCAUAAAACCUGCACAUUGGUUUUUAUGGUUAUUACAGCUAACAGUAUUGUGAGAUUCACAGUUAAAAUGCCAUGCAGAACUGAAAAAAAAAAACCUCUUAAUUUCUCAUUUUAAAAAAAAUAUAUAUUUUAUUCAUAUUAAAUUAUGGUUAAUACAAAUAUUUCAUGUGACAUGAAAGCCUUGUUUCUCCUCAACAAAAUGAUAUAUAAGUGUUAGUUUUUUAAAGUUUUUUUUUGUUUGUUUGUUUGUUUUUAUUUUUAUUUUUAUUUUAUCACAACUUGUACAGUUGGUUCAGUCCUUAACCCCUUAAGGACACAUGACAUGUGUGACAUGUCAUUAUUCCCUUUUAUUCCAGAAGUUUGGUCCUUAAGGGGUUAAGGGGUUAAUGUUGUUUUGACCAUUUUCUUCAAAUAAAUGCUAAAAAUGACAAUAUUUUUAUAUUAUUAUUAUUAUUAUUAUUAUUAUAAUAUUAUUUUCUUUGCAUAUUGGAGAAAUGUUGUCAGUAGUUUUUAGAAAAUACAAAUGUUCAUUAUACUCUAACACAUACCUAUAAAUACCAGAAACUGAUAAUGCUGUCUUUUUUUUUUCUGAGCUGUGUAUAUGUUUGUGUGUAUAUAAUAUUAUUUUUAUUUAUACUAGGGCUAGUUAUAAGUGGCCGAUUCUUUGCACAGUGUUAGUCACACCAUGCAAUAAUUUUUGUGGUUUUGAGUUUGUUUUGUUUGUGUUUGCUAUUUUUCCUCUGUCACUCACUUUGUGUAUGAAUGUGAUCUUCCCAUCAAACUAUGCACAUUAAAGAGUGUUUAUUAGCAUGUAAAAAUCUUUUCUAAUUUCAGAAAAUUGGAUGUCUUGGAGAAAACUGCAAGUGAAAUCACAUCUGAAACUGGAAAUAAGGUAAUUUGUAGACUUCUGUAUUUAGUUUCAAAUGAAUUUCAAUUAGCCUGAAUUUGGGGAAAUAGGCGGUUCUUUCAAAUUCCGUAAACAAUAUAUGGACGAAUAGUGAAACGGACAAUGGAUGAACACUGGUUUGUGAUUCAGAGUUCCGUUUAUAAGGCCAAAAAAAAGUGAUGGGGAAAAGAUGAUUGCUAGUUAGAGGACACCCACUAAAUGGUUUAUUUACAGAUUAAGUGAGAUGUAACCAACAGAGGGGGAAAGAAGGAGGAGCAGUAAAAAGGAAUUUAAAAAAAUAAUAUAUAUUUAAUUGAACAAAAUAUCUAGUAAAUAUAAAGUGUAUAAAUAUAGACUUAUUUUUUUUCCCUCCGCUGUACCAGCUUUUUUUGCUUUUCUUAAGUCUAGUAAUUUUUUGUGCAUAAUUGUUUGUUUUGCAAAUUUGUAAGUCUUUUAUUUAAAGUGCAUUAUAAAUUGAAAACAAAUUACAGAAUGGAAGGAAAACUAGCCACAUUUUAAACCAAGUCAGUCUAGUUUAUUGUCUUUGAGGACCCCUUAAUAUGCUUUUGAGCCAUGCAUACAUGCAUAAUUAUACCAAAUCCACAGAAUGCAAUGCUUGUGAUUUUUAAAUAAUACUAUUUGUAUUUUUUUUUUUUUUUUUUAAUCUGGUGCAAUAAGCUAUAGAAUUAUAAUCUAUUGCUAAUGCUUAAUUGGAAUUCAUUUUUUAAAAAACAUGAUAUGUUUAUAAUGUUCUCAGGUUCAUCCUGUGCAGUGUGAUGUUCGAGACCCAGAUUCUGUUAAGAAGGCUGUGACUGAGUUAAUCCGAGUGGCCGGGCAUCCCAAUGUAAGUAUGCUCUCUGACUGAAAUACUGCACUGUACAGUGUGCAUUGCUGCAGAAUUAUCUGCUUUUCUGAAAGGAGAGGGGAAAACCAAAUUUAAAAAAAUAAAUUUAAAAAAAAAGUGUAUAUGUGUGUGUGUGUGUGUGUGUGUGUGUGUGUGUAUAUGUAUGUAUGUGUAUAUAUAUAUAUAUAUAUAAUUUUAUAUAAAAUACAAUGUUAAACAAAAAUCUGCACACCAGUCAAGCCAUAAGACUUGCUUUUCCCACAGAAAUCCCAAAACUGCAGCAAUGUUACAACCGCCAAGGAUUCUGGGUGGGCAUAUGCAAAUUAGUUUAACAAAGAAUCACAUUUUUGCCUCAUUCCAUUUUAAACAUAGAUUCAUUUUAAUCUGUGUUUGCUGUAUACAACAGCUUGAAACACAAUAUAGGAAAAGAUGCAAAACCAGUGAACCACUCAUGGACAGCUGUUUUGUUGUUAAUGCAACUCAUCAGCAUGAGGUUGGUUACUGGUUUGCUUAUUGAGGCUUGGUAGUGCUUGGGAAGUAGGUUAUGGUGGGGAAAAAUUGUGAUUGAAAACUCCUUCCACCUGAAGUCUGUGGAUAAUUAAUACAAUGUAAAACAAAAAUCUGCACACCAGUCAAGCCAUAAGACUUGCUUUUUCCUCCCACAACUACAGUGAUGUUACAACCGCAAAGGAUUCUGUGUGGACAUAUGCAAAUUAGUUUGUUAAACUAAUUUGCAUAUGCCCACCCAUAAUCCUUUGCGGUUGUACCAUCGCUGCAGUUUUCUGGGUGGGCAUAGGCAAAUUAGGGUGGGCACCCAGGCAAGGACAAGACCAGAAGAGUGCUGGAUCCACGUGAUAUAUAUUUUUUAUUUUAAUGGUGUUUCUUUUAGAUUCAAAUGCUCCCCCCCCCCCAAACGCUCAAAUUGUUCUAGUUAUUCUCUAUUUUUAAGAGCUCAUUUUAGAUUUAUUUUGCAGUGUAACGCAGGAAAACCUUAAGAGAAGUCAAGUGUUCAAAAGUCAAUAUAAUUCUGCUAAACUGUCCUUAACAUGGAGCUUAGUUCCUGCAAAAACAUGAAAAAGUCGCACUCAGGAAUUGCAGUAAAUCCGUUAUUGGUCUAAACUUGAGUUGUGACAAAGAGGAAUGUCAGCAUUUACUCACAGGCAAUGUUUUUAUUGUGAAUGCUAGAAUGUUUACCAUGUUACUUGAAGCCUUAUGUCUACAAAGGACAACCCAGUGUUCAUUCUAUGUCAUAUCUAUUUAGAUCUGAGGAUCUAAAGAUUUUGUCCCUCUAAGCUGAAUCAGAUACAUCAUCCAUAUUUUAGCCUAGUAUAUUCAUGCCUUUAAUGCAUUCCUUUUAAUGUCAUGUUCAGAUUUCACUAUUAAUGACCUGUUCGGAUGCUUAAUAAUCGCAAGCGUACAUUUUUCUUUUUAAUGUGCCUAAUGGACUAUUCUUUUAAAAUCCCAGCUUGAAUUUUCUGUAAACUAUAUAAUAAGAAGCGUACGAAAAACAUGGGCAUUUAUCAAAUGUAUUUCAAAUACUAAUUGGCAUAUAUUUUUUACCCAGCAUGUCUAACAUAACCUUUUUCUAUCAAACAUUUGGUACAGAUCCGGUUAUAUACCAUCAGGCCUUCGUCUUAAUGACUAUAAUGAUUGUAUUAUUACAUAGAGCUUCACUGUCAUUACACUGGAUGAAAGCAGGAGUCUGUUAAUUAUACUAGAACGAGAUGUUCAUCAAGGAAGCCUUUAUAUCUGAUCAGACAACCGGUCUCUUCCAACUUUGAGGGUUUAUUCACUAUACAGUGAAAUGACAAGUUAAACGAUUUGGGUCAUGUCAUGUCAAAACUUUACAACUCCAUUGUUGUCUUGCUAUAAUUCACUGAAUAAUUCCUUUGGGAUACAGUCCGUAACAUGAGCAGUACAAAGGUGCUUUGUUCAAUAAGGAACACUAGUUACUUUCUCACCAUCAAACAUUGCCAUCCAUGCUUUGAGCUAGUGUGAGCUUUGUAUAGGCAUAAUACAGAAACUAUAUAAAAUGAGUACAUCUUGGCAUUAACGGUGCAAUUUUUAAGUACAUGUUAAUAGGUUUGAGGAACAGAACCUUGAGAUGGGGGGGAGGGGAACGGUUUUCUUACACGAUCAACAUAGUGCUUCAAUAACUUUUAGUCCUAUAAUUUAGGUAACGGCUAACCGUAAAAAUAAGAGACCGUGUAAAACAUGCAAGGCCUGUUUCUAAGACCAGUGCUUAUCUACAAGUACCAUCUUUUAUACUGGACUGAUUAAGUAGUUUAUACAUUUUUUCAUUUGUAAAAAAUUUAAUUGGGGAAAAAAAAAAAAAAAAGACUUGAACGGACCUGAGCUGCAGCAGACCGGUCCCUUUUCUGAAGUUGGGGUUUGCAUUGAAUAAGUAGAACCACUCGGUAAGAUGAUAGGAUAUGUAGCUACUAUAAGGUCAUACACAUACUGAUUCACAGCUUUGUUAGUUGGCUUUGUGCAGUGAUCUCUCGAUCCACCAACUGUGCACAUGUGCAGCCACUGCUCUUGUUAUCUGCAGACACAAGAGGAAGAGAUGGCUGUCAAAGUUGUACGCCACACACACAUACAUGCUGGAUGGAGAUUUACGCUAAGGGAGGAAGCAGCAGCCAUGUGGCUUUGGGACGGUAGGUAGUGAAGAGGGUAUUCUAUGUACAAUAAGAUUUGUUCUUUGUAUUAAAUUAGUCAGAGUGUUCGUGUCAUAGAUUUAAUUUGAUAUUUUAUUUUAUGUUUUGUAGCUUACAUCUCUAUAUGACGCAAAUCAGUUGCUUGAUUAAUUAAAACAUUUUUUAUUAACCUCCUUAAUUUUGAAAUAUGCCGGGGAUUAUAUGGCAUUCAAGGUACUGAACAAGAUGGUUACGGUAGGUUUUGUCACAGAUAACGUAUUAAACUAACUGCUUAUCUUGUUUGGUCCUUGCUAAGGACAGGUGGAAAAUCUGUUUCCUCUUCCUGCAGGAGGCAAGAAAUCACACUAUGUUCAUGUAUUGCUGCAAGAAUGAAAAAGAAAAAAAAAAUACAAAACACUGCAGUGACACAUCCCUGAUUUGCUUUGUUUUUACAGUUUUGCAAAUGUUUCCUGUCCAUGCAAAAACAAUUUGCAUUCAGGUGUACUUUGAGUUCUCAUUCAGGAGCUCAGGUUUUUUUUUUAUGCGUGUUAAAGACCCCAGUGUGUUUAUAUGAAGAUGUUGCUAGGUCCCGAGGACUAUCUUUGAAAUGCAGUCACUAAAAUUUGAUUGGCAAGUUUGACAUUGUUAAACACACAGCACUUGCAAGUGUAUUCCGUACGCGUAAUAUAGAACACUGGAGAAGUCAUUUUCUUCAUUCAUCUUUGCUAGGAUCAAAUGCAGAUACGUUCAUUUGCAGCCCUUGUUCUCUUUUAAUGACCUGGAUGGAAGAGAUGGCCCUUUAAAUGAGGCAAGCAUUGCAGCUGCCUGGGUUAUGCUUCAAAGUCCCUUUUCAUGUGUAAACCAACUAAUGUUGUUCAGCCCCAUCAUUGUUAAAUAUCCCUUUAAUUUUUUUUAACAUAUUUGUUUUUUAUUGCUUUUUAACAAGGAAUUCCACAUUAACCCCUUAAGGGGUCAUGAUUUACUUUUAUUCCAGAAGUUUGGUCUUUAGGGGGUUAACAAUGUACAUUACAAGGUGAUUUGCUUAAAUUACAGCCAUUAACUGGGACAACACACAUUACAAGUCUUGCAAUUGCACAUACAAUGUUUAUUACAUAUGUCCGUGUCAGUUUACAACUCCUCAUGUCGCUAGUUGAUAUGUACUGAGUCACCUCCUGUGACUGAUUCUAGCCAUCCGUUAUUUCUUGGUACCUGUGUUUGCCUAGCUUGUGGCAUAACUAUUGCCAGUCCCUAAUUGGUCAGCGUGUGUGGAAUACGGGGAAAAACCUGGGGAACGAAAUAUCCCUUUAUUUUAAUGGUCAUGUUCAAAUAGCCUGUUUGUGCUAUCCUUUUAUUUAUUUGUUUAGAUAUUUUGUAAUUUAUUCUGUACAUAUUCUGCAGUAUUAUUGGGUAAAUAGCAAAUAUACAGCCCAAGAGCAACAGUCAGAGAAUAGGAUAUAAAAGGAAAGAGAAACUGAACACUUUCCUGACUCUAUCAAAUGAUCACCCCAUGGUAAUUGGUCAUUUUUGGGCUAUAUUGCACCCGCUACCCCUACAUGUGAAUGAAAGGAAAGUUUACUCACAUAUAAUGCCCCGACAAGGCAUUUUAAUGUUCUCUAUAAAACAUGCAGUAAUUAUACACAGAGCGACCAGCGAAUACUUCUCAAUUUUCAACAAGGCAUAGUACUCCUGAAAAUCUUACUGGGUAAUAGGUGCACAAAUGCACGUUAAGAUGUCUGCACAGAAACUGCCUUUUGUUUUGACAAAGCUUCUAUAAGGAUCACUAAUGCAAACAUCAAAGAAAAGCAAUUACAAACCAUUUAUACAACCUGAUUUCUUAAAGGAAUCCCCCCUCCCAAAUAUAAUUAUUCAAGACCUUUUAGAAUGGGGUCUCCUGGUACACUGCAGGGGUUAUGGUGCUUGGAGUGUUGGGUUGAAUGGCGAUUGGACUGCAGCUCUGCAGGAACUGGAAUUGUGUUACCAGACGGAACCCAGUGGAGACCCAGUAAGGAGGGCAAACCAUUACUAAACGGUGUGCCUCAUUAGCUGGGACCUGGACCAGCUAUUCCUGGCUUAAUAUCCAUUAUAGUGCACUAUAGUGAUUAUGAUGCUUGGAGUAUCUUUUCAUGCACAUUAUUGAAAUCUUUAGAAUUUAGAAAGAAUUCUUCUUUCUAGUGGGUUGAGGAAAUAUGAGAACCACUUUUUUAUCCUGCAAAAUUGCUUUAUUUUAGUUCAUUGUUGGUAUGGAAAAGUCUUAAAUACAUGUAUAGAUAGAAUCAAUGAGUGCUUUAGACCAUUUCGGUAGAAAGAAAGCAUAAAUUAUUUUCCUCUCUUCCCUCCCCCUUCCCCCCUCCCCCCCCCCCUCCGACUUUGCAUAGGACUCCCUGUCCUGACCUUCAGAUCUCUUGAUCACAUUUCCAACCUUACCCCUUAUUGGAUACCUCUGCUUAGAUUGUCUUAUUAAAGGCCCUGUGCCAACACAGACCCAUUAGUGCCCUGUAUUCAUUUUCAGUUCAUCCCUGAGGGUCAUGAUGAUAAGGGAGUGCUGUUCAACUGCAACUUAGUUCCUAACCACUUGUAUAACCCAGUGGGUUGUCACAAUCUACGCCCGAAAGAAUCAUUCCAACAUGUAAUCCUGGUGUUUGGAAAUAGAUUAACAGGAAUUGUAUUAAUUCAUUGUGGGUGAAAUUAUUUGUGCAAGUCUAGAAAGCACCACCAAGUGAUUUUUCUUGCAAAUCUUUUAUUUGGAUUAUCACUACAGGCCAGCUGCUUUGAGUACAUGUAUUCCAAAAAAUUGAUUCAGUAAAAAUACUAAUUGUGAAUCAUGGUAAGUACUGGCAGAUGUUUCGAUAAAAAAAAAAAAAAAAAUGAUCAUUGUGGUUUGUGACCAGUUACUGAGCCACCCAACAUUGGGAACCUGCAUAAUUAACUUUAUUUAUUUAUAUCUCCACUGGUGAUUCUAUUGCAAACAUUAGUUUGCACUAUUUAACUAAAUGUAUUGAUGUGAUCCUAAUGUGGUAAUAGGCAAUUACAUUGUUACUGUUCUGUUAAAGUUAAUUAGGGAUUAACUACUCAUUAGUACUUAAGGCAUUAAUUGCCUCUAACCUGACUGAUUUUAGUAAGUUACAACUGGAGAAUCAUUUAGCUUCAAAUGAAAUGUUCUGUGUUAUCAACCUGUGAUUUCUGUAAUUUAUCGUAUACUCCUCAAUGACAGCCAUUUGCUUGUUAUGGAAGUUUUAGGUUGGGCUUGACAAAUUUGUUUAGAAUAUAGGAGCCAGUUUUUAAAAAAAACUAAUUUUAAGUUUAAAAGCAAAUGCAAUUCUAAAUGGACAUUAUAGGACCACUGCAGUUUAAUGUAGUUCUGGUGGCUAUAGCCUGUACCUGCAGACCUUUCAAUGUAAACACUGCCUCUUCAGAGUUAACAAUACCUUUCAAAUGUGAUUGAAGGGGGACCAGUACCAACACAGACACUGACAGAGUCAGAAACACACUUUCAUCCAUACACACCCACACACACAGAUUAUUUUAAUUAAAAUUCACCCAGCUUCCCUACCUUUGGGAGAGCUGAGUGGCUCUCUCCCUGGGGUCCAGUGGAGCUGCUCUCUCUUCCUGCGUGCGAGGGAGCAGUAAUCUACCAACAGCUCCUCUCUGCUCCCUUGCUCUCUUUGUUGAUGCCGGGGCCGGAAUGACAUCAUAUUCCGGCUUCUGGCAUCAUUAAACCGCGUGCGAGGGAGCAGAGAGGAGCUGCAGGUAUAUUACUCCUUUCUUGCGCAUCGCCUACAGUGCUCCAGCAGGCGGCUCCUAAGCCACCGCGGGCAGCCGCCUUCAUGGGCUGACAUCCCAGGCGCCAGAACAAAAUUUCUAGUGCAUUCGUGUGUGUGUAUAUACCCAAGAGGGCUGCACUCACCUCAAGAUGCAGACAUUAUAAGGGUGCUGCUGGGGCCAAUUCAAUUUCCCUUGAAAUAAUCACUUUUAUAAAAUAAGCCGGCAAGGACCAGCAAUUAACAUCUAACGCACUUCAGCAAGCUGAAUUUUAACAUUACUUGUAUCUAAACACCAUAUAAGAAUGUCAUCCCUGUUACUCCAGCUCUACCUCUCUGCGUUGCCAGCCGCUACAUCAUUUGACUCUUAAAGGACCACUACAGUGACCCAGACCACUGGGUCUGGGUGCCAGGUCCCUCUAGUUUUAACCCCACAGCUGAAAACAUAGCAGUUUCAUAAUGUAAAGUCAUGAUUUUAUUAGUGAUAGGGAGUAUUAUGCUGCACUCUUUCUUUAUUUCCCUCAGCAGCAAAGAAAAACUUUAACAUUGAAAUUAACAAUGGAAACAGUCAGUAACAUAUAUCUUCCAUGGCAACCAGCAGCCAGUCAGGUCCCACUCUCCAGCAUAAUAGGCGGUGUUCACUAAACUAUUUCCUUUUUCUUGGGAUCCCGAAUACGGACAACCAUCCAACCAAGAAAGGAACUCCAAUAAGAGGAUAAUGCCAACAACAAACGGGUUUCCAAGUCAAGCUGUAAGAUAGAGUAGAAUAUAGUUAUAGUUAUAGUUAAAUAGCUGAAAAGAGACUUGCGUCCAUCAAGUUCAGCCUUCCUCACAUUUGUUUUUUGCGGUUGAUCCAAAAGAAGGCAAAAAAACCCAGUUUGAAGCACAAUUUUGCAACAAGCUAGGAAAAAAAUUCCUUCUUGACCCCAGAAUGGCAGUCAGAUUUAUCCUUGGAUCAAGCAGUUAUUACCCUACAUUGAAAGAUUAUAUCCUUGAAUAUUCUGUUCUUGCAAGUAUGCAUCUAGUAGCCGUUUGAACAUCUGUAUGGACUCUGAUAAAACCACUUCCCCAGGCAGAGAAUUCCACAUCCUGAUUGUUCUUACAGUAAAAAAACCUUUCCUUUGCCUUAGGCGAAAUCUUCUUUCUUCCAGUCUAAAUGCAUGGCCUCGUGUCCUAUGUAAAGUCCGGUUUGUGAAUAGAUUUCCACACAAUGGUUUGUAUUGGCCCCGAAUAUAUUUGUAUAAUGUUAUCAUAUCCUCUCUCAGGCGACGUUUUUCUAAACUAAAUAGGUUUAAAUUUGUUAACCUUUCUUCAUAGCCGAUAUGUUCCAUUCCUUUUAUUAAUUUUGUAGCCCGCCUCUGCACUUUUCUAGUGCCAUAAUAUCCUUCUUUAGAACAGGUGCCCAAAAUUGCACAGCAUAUUCAAUAUGGGGUCUUACCAGUGAUUUAUAAAGAAGCAAAAUUAUAUUCUUGUCCCGAGAAUGAAUGCCCUUUUUCAUGCAUGACAAUACCUUACUGGCCUUGGCCACUACUGAUUGACAUUGCACAUUGUUGCAUAGUUUGUUGUCUAUAACAAUUCCCAAGUCCUUUUCAUGUGUUGUUAUCCCUAAUUCCCUUCCAUUAAGGGUAUACGUUGCUUGUGUAUUCUUUACGCCGAAGUGCAUAACUUUUUGCAUUUUUCAACAUUAAAUUUCAUCUGCCAUUUGAGUGCCCAGUCCCCCAGUCUAUCUAAAUCCCUCUGCAGCAAAGUAAUAUCUUGCUCACAUUGUAUUAUUUUACAAAGUUUUGUGUCAUCUGCAAACACUGAAACAUGACUUUCAAUGCUGUCUUCAAGAUCAUUUAUAAACAUGUUAAAUAGAAGGGGUCCCAGAACAGACCCCUGAGGGACACCACUUACCACCUCUGUCCAGCUUGAAAAUUUACCAUUAAUGACAACUCUUUGUACUCUGUUUUUAAGCCAAUGUUCUACCCAAGAACAUGCAUUUUCAUCUAGACCGAUUUCCUUGAGUUUGAACACUAAUCUAUUGUGUGGAACUGUAUCAAAUGCCUUGGCAAAAUCCAAAAAGAUCACAUCCACAGCAACACCCUGAUCUAUACUUCUACUUACUUCUUCGUAGAACACAAUCAAGUUAGUUUGACAUGACCUGUGCUUCAUAAAACCAUGCUGAUUUUUGCUGAUAACCAUGUUCUUCUCAAGGAAUUCUUGAAUAUUAUCCCUUAAUAACCUUUCAAAUAUUUUACCAGCCACAGAAGUUAAGCUCACAGGUCUAUAAUUUCCAGGCAAGGAUUUUGAACACUUUUUGAAUAUAGGAACCACAUCUGCCUUCCUCCAAUCCUCCGGAACACUUCCUGAAAGAAAAGAAUCUUGAAAGAUUAAAAACAGAGGUUUACUUAUUUCUGCACUUAGUUCCUUAAGUACACGUGGAUGGAUACCGUCAGGCCCUGGAGCUUUGUUUAUAUUAACUUUCUUUAGUUGCUGCAGCACCUUGUUAACCAAUUACAAUUAUUCUGCAAGUUUUUAGUAGCAAUCAUUUGCACAUCUAUUGCCAUGGGUUCUUCCUUAAUAUAUACGGAGGAGAAAAAGUUAUUUAAAAUUCCUGCCUUUUUCUGGUCUUCAUUAAUUAACACCCCCGUUUCAGUUUUUAGUGUACCUACACUUUCAUUUUGUUUUGUUUUUUAGAAUUUAUGUACUUAAAUGCUUUGGGGUUGGUUUUGCUCUCUUCAGCUAUCAUUAUUUCAUUUUGAAGUUUAGCAAGUCUAAUUGCCUUUUUGCACGCAUUAUUUGCAUCCUUAUAUCUUUUAUAAGAUGCAUCUGAUUUGUCCGAUUUAAAUGCUUUAAAUGCCAUUCUCUUAGUUGUAAUCUCUUGUUUUACUUCUCUACUAAGCCAUGUUGGUUUUAUAUUUAUUUCCCAAUGGUACAUACUGAGAAAUGUAGCUUUGUAAUAUUUGUUGGAAGAUGAUCCAUUUAUCCUCAGUGUUCUUUUCACUAAAGAGUUUAUGCCAGUCAAUAUAUUGUAAAGCUUCCCUUAACUUAUUGAAAUUGGCCUUUUUAAAAUUAUAUGUUUUGGUAUUCCCCAUGUGCUUUUGUUUUUUUGAGUUUAUUUCAAAGGACACUAUAUUGUGAUCACUAUUUCCCAAGUGCUCACCUACUUGAAUGUUGGUCAAAAGAUCAACGUUGUUUGUUAAAACCAGGUCAAGACAAGCAUCCAUUCUAGUUGGUGCUUGCACAAGUUGUGACAUGAAGGUGUCAUUUAACAAGUUUAAAAACCUAAUUCCUUUUGCUGAGGCACUAGUCCCUCUGUCCCAAUUUAUAUCCGGGUAAUUAAAAUCUCCAAUAAUUAAAGUGUUACCCAGAUUUGCAGCUUUCUCAAUUUGCUCAAACAGCUGUUGUUCCUCGUCAAUAUUAACAUUAGGUGGUUUAUAACAUAUCCCAACCAAUAGUUGGUUUCCCUUCUUUUCCCCCAAGCAGAUAUUUACCAUAAAGCUUCCACAUUAUCCUCCUUGCAUUCCAUUUGCUUAACAUUUGGCUUUAAAUCAUGUUUGACAUACAAACAUACCCCACCACCCUUCUUGUUUUUCCUAUCCUUCCUAAAUAACAUGUACCCAUUUAAGUUAGCUGCCCAGUCAUGUGUCUCAUCCCACCAUGUUUCAGUUAUGCCUAUUCUAUCAUAUUGUUUAGUGUAUGCUAAUGCCUCUAGUUCCCCCAUUUUGUUAUUUAGGCUCCUUGCAUUAGUAAGCAUACAUUUAAUAUUAUGCGUCACUUGUAUAUUUUGUGAAUUUUCAACAUUACACAGCUUCUCUGUUCUGAGCUUGCCCCUCCCCCCGUUUCCACCCCCCUUGUACUGUGCUAAAGCCCAUCUCCUUUCUGUCCUAUCUCCAUUUUGUAGAUUGCUAUGAACCUCCCCCCCUACUACUAGUUUAAAAUCUCCUCCAACCUUCUAGCCAUCCUAUACCCCAGCACUGCAGACCCUCUCCCAUUUAGGUGCAAUCCAUCACCACUAUAAAGGUUGUACCCAAUCGCAAAGUCGGCCCAGUGCUCUAAAAACCCAAAACCCUCCUUCCUGCACCAAGAUUUAAGCCACGCAUUGACCUCUCUAAUCUCCCGCUGCCUUUCCACUGUAGCACGUGGCACAGGUAAUAUCUCAGAGAAUACCACCUUGGAGGUCCUUUUCUUAAGUUUGCUACCUAAUUUCCUGAAAUCAUUCUUUAGGACCUUCCAUCUUCCUCUUACUUUGUCAUUGGUACCAACAUGGACCAUGACCGCUGGGUCAUCCCCAGCCCCUCCCAAUAAUCCAUCCACUCUGUCAGCAACAUGCCGGACCCAAGCACCCGGGAGACAACAAACUGUCCGGUUGAGCCGAUCAGAGUGGCAGAUUGCCCUAUCUGCUCUCCUAAUGAUAGAGUCCCCUACCACCACAACUUGUCUUGCCUUCCUUACAUUUUGAUCCCCACCCGUACUAGGGGGGCUGUUAGCUCGGCUGUUAGAAGUAACAGCUUCCUCUAAUACAGCUACUUCUGAGCUGAUGCUCCCAACAUCUUCCCUCAAGCGGGCAAAUCUGCUAGGUUGCACCAAAUCAGGACUAGCUAGCCCUUUCCUCUUCCCUCCCCCCCUGCUUCCUCGCCCCACUGUCACCCAGCUACAUGCCUGUUCCCCAUCUGUCUUAUCUCCUCCCUCUCCACUACCUGUCCCCACUAAACUCUGCUCAGUGAGCAGUAGACUCCUCUCAAGAUUGUCAAUCUCCCUCAAUGUUGCGAUUUGCUUCUCGAGAUCUCCAAUCUGAGCUUCCAGAGAAGCCACUCGCACACAACCAUCACAGAGGUAUGGACCCUGGACGGGUACAUCCAGGCAUCCAUACAUGCAACAAGAUGUGCAUUGAGUUAAACCAGCAAUCUUGCUAACACUCAUUUCCCCUUUAAACAGUAAAUAAAAACAAUUACCUUGAUAGUUUGAACCCCUUGCUUGUUUUAACUCCUGUUUUUCUAACUCCUACUUGAAAGAGUCUACUUAAUAGAGGCUGCUUUCAAAUAAUGUGAGAAUAUGAUAAUAUUUAAGUAUAAAACUGGAUUCAUGCAUAAAAUAACAUUGUGUAAAUGAAUAGGCAAUAUCCGAUUUAAAAUAGUAUUCAGUCGACAUAUUGUUGGAGAUGAAUACAGACAUGAGAAGUUCGAACCUAAAUCACCUUCAUAUUGAACAAGCUCGAAUCAAAGAAACUUACCGUAUGUAACUUACCCAGAUUACACCACCAUCCAGGGAAGGAUGGGAGGGAUAAUACUCGCCUCCGUGUUGUUAAUAAAAUCAUGACUUUACGUCAUGUAAAUAACAAAAUCUGGUAAUUUUAAUAAGACACGGAGGCUCUUAUUAUGCUGGUUUAAAGCUGUGAAAAAAACGUUCCAGCAAAAUGUUGAAUCUGCUUAAAAUAAAAAUCUUGAAAUGUAGAUUCCGAUGUCCAGUCAGCAGCUCGUAAAAUAUUAUCUAGUCGGCAUCCUACCGCAGAAGCUUUAGAGGCCAUAACUCCUCUAGAAUGUGGAGAGAAUACGGAAGUAUCAAUGCCGGCCAAUGUCAUAAUCCAUUUGACCCAUCUGGCCAGAGAAGGAGAGGAUACUGGAAAGUGUGGUUUGCGGAAAGAGAUGAAUAUUUGAGGUCUCAUAGGAUUCCGGAGUGACGCUGUACGGAGUUCGUAUUCCCGUAGACAUGCCACUGGGAAAAGGAGAGUCUUCUCUGGAAAUGCUGGGUAGAGUACGGACUUUGAAGAGGUCUUGGUCCUACUAGAAAUGUCAAAGAGGACGCCUUCUGGUGUAAAGGAACGAACGUCUGUGUCAAGAGCUCGUACAUCAGAGACUCUUUUGCAUGAGAUGAUGCAGAAAAGCAUGACUAAUUUAGCGAAAGUUGUUUGAUGGAUAACUAAACAUUCUCCGGCCAUGACUCUAGAAAAUGGAGGACAAGAGUAACAUCCCAGAGUGAAGAAUAACGAGGUAACAGAGGGCGAGAAAAACUUACUACGCGUAGUAGAUGACAAACGGAUGUCGUCCGAUGGGGACACCAUUGAUGUCCAGCGCAAAGCGCGAAUGGUAAAGUUUAACGGAAGUUAACAAUGCAAGAUGGAUGUCAAAGUAGCCGAUAAGAGAUCCAGAUUUCUUUCCAAGCACCAACCAUUCCAUGCAUUCCAAGCAGAUUUAUAAGCUUGUCUCGUGCCGGGUGCCCAUGCAUUCUUGAGAAGUCUGAGCGUUGAUUGCGGAACGCCCUCGAUUGACCAAGGUCCCCUGAAAUCAGCCAAGCCUUAAGUCGAAGGAGACCCUGGAUGAUUAACGGGUGAAAUUAUCAGUCCGGAUCCUGGAGGAGAGAAUCAUACAAUGUGAGAAGGCGGGGAAAGUCUAUCGCCGUUUCCAACAGAUGAGGGAACCAUGGUUGUGACGGCCAUGGGGGGUCACAAGUACCAACGUGCCCUGUUGGUGACGCAGUUGCAGAAGGCAACAGGGAAUCGGUGCAAACUAGGGGAAUGCAUAGUUCGUCUCCAUGGCCCAGCCUUGAGAGAAGCGUUCGUUGCUAGAGCCGUAGCCUCUGGUCUCCAGCUAAAAAAAAACGAGUGAGUUGAGCGUUCAAACGAGAGGCAAAAAGAUCUAUUCCCAGAGGCCCUCAAGUAUCCGUAAUUUUCUUGAAUGUCAAGGGUCCAGACGUCAAUCGCUGAAGUCCUUGUGAUGUCUGGAAUACCAGUCUGCUGUGGUGUUGGAGAGGCUGGGAAUAUAUUCUGCUGUCACGGAGAUGUUUUGCAUAAGGCAAAAUUGCCAGAAAUCGCAUGCCAUGUUCACCAGAAAUUUGGAUUUCGACCUCCUAGAUAGUUUUCUGUAUCUGACUGUGGAAACAUUGUCCAUCUUCAAUAGAAUUGUGCAUUGAGCAUGAGUUGGAGAUAGGCUGCACACAGCAAAGGACCUGGCCAGAAGUUCCAGGCAAUUGAUAUGCAGCGUCACUUCUAGGUCUGACAUCUGCCUCCUGUGGAGGUAUCUCAACAAUGCGCACCCCAACUGUGUAAGCUCACAUCAGAUUCUAUGAUCAGGCCUGGGGUUGUUAUGAGGAUAGCACGUCCAUUCCAGGCUUCCAUGUGGAGAAGCCACCAAUGAAGCUCGUCUUUCGCCUCUUUGUCUAAUGUCACCAUGUUUUCGUAGGAUGCCCCGCCUCUGAGGUAAGAAGCUUGUAACCAUUGAAGAGCUCGGUAGUGGAGUGGGAGUGGGAAUAUGAAGAUAAAAAAUGGCGCGAAAACGCCACAAAUGCAGUAAAACAAUAAUAGGAAGAAAAAACUGAGCGUAUAAAACCGGAGACCAUAAUAAUCCUCCCGGAGCCCCUAAAAAUGGACUAAAGGGAACAGCAAGGGGGAAAACUUACCAUACAAAUUGUAUUUAUACAAAAUAUUAAGCAUAACAUAUAUUCAAUAUAAAGGAAAAUUAAUCACAUGAAAAAUAAAUACAUUAAAAAAAAAAAAAAAUUGACACAAGUUAUAGGUUUGUUUUUUUUUUUUUGUUUUUUUUUGUGUGUAAUUUCCGGAGAAAUGACAGCUACCCUUUCAGGUUUAGGAUAUGUUUUGGAAGCAGUUCUUUUCUCAAUGGGUUAGAUAUAAGACUCCCCAUGUUUGGUGUCAAAUAAAUCAUCUGGAUUCUCAGGGAGUGAUUAGACCAGGUUACAGUGAGAUCGGAAGGUUCUGUACAAAAAUAUAUUUUAUUGUAUAUUUUCAGGCAGGUUUAGGAUGCAUUUUAUUUUAUUUUUUUGUGCAUCAUAAAACUGUAAUUUCUACAGCCCCUGCACCUCUUCAGAAAGGCAGGCCUAGCAACCUGAGAUGAACUAAAAGUGUGUUUAGUAUCUAAUGAAACAAAUUAAAUUACAAACUUCCUUUUAUCAGUAUUCGAGAGCCAACUCAGAGUUGCAUUGGAUUAAUGAAUGUUUGGUGUAAUUUGUCUGAUAUUUUUGUUAAUUUUUGUUUUUAACUUGGAAAUGAUAUUUAUGUUUAUAGUGUAACUGAGAGCAGAAUACAGAAAGGAAAAGGAGUAUAGAAUAUUUUGCGGCACACCAAACAAUGCUAAAAUAAUCCAACUGUCCAGAGAAGAAUUUACAAUAGUAAUAGGUGUAUAUUUAUGUAAUUUUCCUUUAUUGAAGUAUUGUAUGUUAACAAAGUGGCUAUGGUUCCAGGAGUCUAGCUGCACCUUCAUACCUUCAAGCAUUAAAGGGACACUAUAGUCACCUGAACAACUACAGCUUAAUAUAUUUGUUCAGGUGAAAUCUAAAGCUACCUGCAAGCAAUCUAAUGUAAAAAUACAGUGUUUACAUUGAUAGGAAUACCUCCAGUGGCCGUCACUCAGACGGCCACCAGAGGGACUUCCUAUCAUUUAGGGCCCUAAAAAGGCCUUGUACACGUCAGACAUAUUAAGAUAUGUCUGACGUGUGCAGGAGAGAGAAGACACUGUGUGCGCGCCUUCUCCCUCCUGUCUGUCAGCAGAGGCGAGGGGGCGGGCAAAGACUUUCUAUGUAUCUAUUGUAUUUAUGUAUAGUCAUGUGACCGCGGUCACAUGGUAAUGACGUCAUUAUGGCUCCAAUUUUCACAUUUUAAGCCAUUUUUGCUGCCUAUAAAAUGUAACAAGCCAGGAUUAUUUGUCUACACUUGAAAAAGCCUAUUUUGGGCGAAACGCGUUGUGCUUUUAUGAUCUUGUUAUAAUAAAAGUAUUUUUAGACUACCUAUAUUUCUAUGGUCAGUCCUCUUACUUUUAUUUUUUGCUAUUUUAUCAUGGCUGAUUUUUUUAUUAUUUUAAAAGAUACUACAAAGAAAUCCUUAGGUUUUAUUAUUCCACUCACGCCUGGUUCAUAGAGCAGUGUGGCUGCUCUAUACACUGUAAGUACGUUUCGUUUUACCUUUUAGCACCAAUUUUAUUUGCUGAGAACACUAUGGGCCCUCUUUUGUGCUUUUUUCUUUCAUAAAUCCUGCAUUACAUACAUCACCAGAAGGAUAUCCUACAUGUGGGGAGUUUAAAUACCACUGUAUGCUGUUUUACUCAGAGCUGGUUAUAGCUCUUUUUAUUGUAAGUUGGCACUCUUAGGACCUCAGUGUUUGUUUGUAGCUGUAGGUGUCAUACGUUAUUGCACCAUUCGGUUUCUUCCUUUAUUUUUAUGUAUUUUAUAUGCUAACACAUACUUGAGACAUUGAAAGAAGUAUUGAAGAAUCACCUAUUGUCCAGCUAUAUCCUACAUGUGGGGAGUUUCAAAUACCACUGUAUGCGGUUUUACCUAGAGCUGGGCAUAGCUCUAUUGAUUGUGAGUUGGCAUUUCUCUAUUUCUGUGUUGUCGUGACACCAUCUCCUAACGGUUUUGCACUAUUGGUCCCUCUAGGUUUUUGCUUUUGUUUUUCAUAUUAACUACUGAGGACCCAAUCAAGAACCAAUCAAGAACCAUAGAAUACCUACCCAAGGUCCACCUUGUAUUUUCAGAGACUCUUUUGUAAAUAUUAUCUCUCAUUUAUUCCAUUUAGCGCACCCUGUAUUUUUGAUGUUUCCUGUUCUCCAAAGACGACGAGCUGAGCUCAGGACUUCAGAGGGCGGCAUGAAGCCGCGCAUGCGCACAAGGGAAGCAUCUGAUUGCUUCCUGCUCGCACACGCCUAUUUCGUCAUUUUGACAAAAUAGGGGGCGCGGCUUCACAAGGCUCUCGGUGCUGGAACCAGGUGAAUAAACUACUCUGCCUGGAGAGUCCCUUUAAACCAUUUUUUCACCAGUUUAAUAAGGGCUUACCAUGCAGGGAGCAUUGUCUUAAUGCCCCGAGUACAGAGCGAGUGUGUCUAAUGAUGCGCUUACACUAUGCUUGUUGGGGACAGGACCCUGGUGUCUCCAAAAGAAGGAUGACCUGGAUAAAAGUCGAGACGGCGGGACUGGGCCGUCCGGCUAUACUGUUUUAGGAACCUUUUAUAAGCUUUAGUGUGUGCUGGGGGAGGGGGUGAAUCUAAACGAAGAUUAUCUUCACAUUUUUAUUUAUUUUUAAUUUUGGUUUAUUUUUCAAACUUUCAUAUCCAUGUUUCCCAUCAUGUUCUUUUAUGUAAGUGAAUGAGUACUGUGUGUAUGUAUUUAUGUAGAUUCAUAUUCGUAAACAAAAGAGAAAAGUACACUUCACAUUAAGUUUGUUUAAAUGUAAUGAAUUUAUUCCUGUAUUUAACAAAAAAAACGAAACAAUCUUUUCAAUAACACAAUACAUUGUAAACAUAUUUCCAAAGCCCUUUAUUUUAUUUUACCCUACUGAUGAAGCCAUUCCUUUUUUAUUUGGCUAAGGUUGUGAUAAACAAUGCAGCAGGGAACUUUGUUUCUCCUUCCGAAAGACUUUCUCCGAACGCCUGGAAAACCAUAACAGACAUUGUUCUUAAUGGCACGGCUUACGUAACGCUCGAGGUUGGGAAGGAACUAAUUAAGGCAGGAAAAGGUAAGACGCAUAUCGACCUUGAUUUGACUUGACCUUUACCUACUGUGAAACAAUUUCAUAGCUUUCAGCUGCCAUAAGACUUUUACACCAAAUGUUUCUUACUCCAGUUUCACGAACAUGCCUUCGUUACAGUAAAUAUAGCUCGUUUCCUACUUGCAAGAGCCAUAACAAUCCGUAUACUGAUUACUUUAAUCUGACUUUAAUUAAAGCCAACGUGUCAUCUGAUAAAAUGUCACUGUCUCAGGAAAAACUUAUACUGUAUAAUGUUAUUAUAUUUGGAUUGUUUCAAUAGUUAAAAGAGAAACUGUGGUUGUAAUGACUCUCUAUUUUGAAUUAUAGCUUCCAGAGCAAUCCAACUUUAUACCACAAACAAGACGUUGUCUUUUAAAAAGGGGCAUACAAAUUAUUAUCAUUAUAGGAAAAAAAAUGAGAUUUAAAGGACCACUAUAGGCACCCAGACCACUUCAGCUUAAUGAAUUGGUCUGGGUGCCAGGUCCACCUAGGAUUAACAAUUUCUGCUGUAAACAUAGCAGUUUCAGAGAAACUGCUAUGUUUACCUAUGGGUUAAUCCAGCCUCUAGUGGAUGUCUCAUUGACCGCCGCUAGAGGCGCUUCUCACUGUGAUUUUCACAGUGAGAAGACGCCAGCGUCCGUAGGAAAGCAUUGAGAAUGCUUUCCUAUGAGACUGGCUGAAUGCGCACGCGGCUCUUGCCGCGCAUGCGCAUUCAGCCGAUGACGGGGAAAAGAAGAGGAGAGUCUCCAGCGCCGGAGAAAGGUAAGUGUUUAACCCCUUCCUCUCCAUCCAGCCCGGCGGGUGGGGGCACCCUCAGGGCACUAUAGUGCCAGGAAAAUGAGUAUGUUUUCCUGGCACUAUAGUGGUCCUUUAAAUGUAAAGAAGGAGAGCGUGUAGACAAUGAAGGGGAAGGGAGGGGAGUGGUGGGGUGUAACCAAAGUAGAAUGCAGAGCUCCAAAACCAAGAGCCCAGUGAUCUAAUGAACUAUUAACCAAGUUUGUCUAUUCAAGCAGACCAGAGCUACCUGAAUCUCUUAAAGGGACACUAUAGGCACCCAGACCACUUCAGCUCAUUGAAGUGGUCUGAGUAUAGUGUCCCUAUUGAGCUUCGUGCUUAAAUGUCAAACACUGCAAUGAGAAAUUGUAGUGUUUAAAUUGCAGCACUAAAUCUGCUUCCAGUGGCUGUCUCCCAGACAGCGGCUUGAGGUGCUUCCUGGAUCCUAACGGACGUUUGGUCUGGUAAUGGACGCUGGACGUCCUCAAGCUCUGCACGAGGACAUCAAGCAUCAGGUUUUUCCCCAUAGGAAAGCAUUGAUUCAUCACGGAACAUCGGAGGAGGCGGAGGCCCAUCCCAGGGCCGAGGUACAUUGGCGCUGAGGUAAAGUAAGUAAAGUGUUUUUAACCCUUUAUUUACGUUGGUGGGGGGACGCAAGGGAGAGGGAGGCAUAGCGCUAUAGUGCCAGGAGUACAGCUUUGUAUUCCUGCCACUUUUCCUUUAAGAAAGCCACAGACAUGGCCUGGCUGCCAUGGUGAAUGGUCGCAUGUAGACUGAGCGUUGUAUGGAAAUUCAAAUUAUAUGACAAAAACGACUACAUGCCAUGCAGAAUAAGCAUGCUACAAAUAGGUGGAACCCUGCACAUGACUCUACCUUCCUCUGAAUUUUAUCACUUGCUCGGCAGCCUGAACCUGAAGUGUUUUUGUGGCCUACCUGUGGGUGAGGGAUUUUUUUUAAAUAGUGUUUAAAAAAAAAAAAAGUUUGUCUAUAAGCAUAUUGUCUGCUAGCUCAUGCUGAACAAUUUGCAUAGUUGGGAGCUUCCCCCAACUUUCAUUUUGAUGAAAACUUUAGUGGUUUAAUGCAUCAUAUAGAUAACACUUUCAAAAAGAAAGGCAAAAUAUAAAAUUAAAAAUAAAAGGAUAUUUACCAUCAAAGUUUCCUAUAGAGUUACAGUUUAGGAAGCCUGCCUGUAGCUUCAAGCAGUCUUUCCAUCAUCUGGUUUUAAAAAUAGUUUUUGAUGCUAUCAGUGCUUGCCCGCAUAUACAAAAAAAAACCUGUUUAAAGUAUGACAUCUCUAACUUGCCUUGGUUAUAAUAUUAUUAAAAUGGUUAAUGGCAGAAAGAUGACAGACUUAUAAUAAAAAUGUAGUGGUAUGUUUGUUUGUAAAAUUGUUUGUUGGCCAUGUGAAUGUGACCCUGGAUCGCCUUCGUAUGUCUGACAUGGGCAAGGAGGAGAGAGUAACGGACAGGUGUGCAUUUUGGAGAGGUGCACAAUUUUUACUCUUCAGACUUUUGCAGGUGUAAUCAAGUCAAUAACUAGUGACUCAAACAUCUUUAAAACUUUGAGGGGAAAAACAUAAUUUUGGCUGUUGCCAUAUGAUCAUUUUACGAGACAACAAUCUUGAACCUGACAGAUGCACAAUAAAUACCACGGAAAGUUUUUGCCUACCCUUUAUAAAUCUGAUUUAUUGCUCCGUGAGAGCACUAUUUGAAAUGGUAUUGUAAGAGUAAGAUCUCAAACUCAUUUUAAGUGUUUUACAGAUAUCCUCCGGCGUAUCUUGUAAAGUGUACAUGGUUCAAGACUCGAUUCAUUGCGUUAGAUUGAAGUGUCUUUUCCCCACCAUAAAUUUUUUGAUUAGCUGAGUCAUAUUCCAAGCGUUCAUAAAGGUAUUAAAUUUUCACUAGAUAUCCUUUAGGCUUGUAUAGUUUAAUUAAAAUUGUUUUGAUAAGUUAAGAUUUUAUUUUUAUUUUUUAUUAACUCAUUAAUAUUUUAACCAGCAGAAGUUUAUGGAAUACAAAAAAGUCUCCAAAAGUGUUUGGCAGAUAUGUUGCAACGUGAGCACUUUUUAUGCAGUCAUGGUAAAAGGUUAAUGGAACAGUCCAGAUGCAUGAAGCAUUUCAGUUUGCUGUUUGGAAUCUGUCUCAUUUUUUUGACAUUUCCUAAAAGUGGAAAUUUUAGAAAUUGGGGGCAGUAACCACCACAGAGCUAAGGAAAGUGUCGGUAACCUGCUUUCCCACUUUUCAAUGAGCUGUAAUACAGCUCAUUGAGUAACGUUGGAAAGCAGCAAUUACGUGCACACACUCAUAACUCCUCGAUGAGAAGCCUUUGGUUUGGUUUUUUUUUGUCUAUCUUUGAUUGUACAUAGUACAUUUUUUUUUUUUUUAAUUUUUUUAAUUGGAAUAGAGUAUUUCUGUAAGUAAUUGUAUUACCAUCAUGGUACAGGAUGCCAGCCAUUCACAAAAAGACAACAAUACUUAAAGUUGCUCUGUCACAGGCAUUUUUUUAAAAAGUGUGUGUGUGUGUGCAUGUGUGCACGUGUGCACACGCACAUACACAGAGUUUUUAUUUUUAUUUUGGCACAGAUCCUUUGUUCUUCAGUUUUCAGUGCUGGAUCCUCUUCCCAUCUGCUGCCUUCUUAAAAGGCAUAACAGUGGCAUCCAGGCGAUGCCUUCAUCUGCCCUACCUUUCCCUUCCUCUCUAAUAUUACAAAUGGCCACUCCCAUGUACUUGGAGUACAAGAGUGAUUGGUUGUGAUAUUACAGAGGAUUGACUUAAUGGAAAGGUGAACAUUGUGGGAAAAUUAUACUUGACAAAGGAAGUGGACCUUGCUCCACACGUUGUCAAGUGUAGGAAAAAAAAAACGUAAGGCAAAGGAGUCCCAACUUUAUCUUACAUUUUAAAGAGAAAUAUUUUUGAAAAGAAGAACAGAUUCAGAAAGAGAAAGUGAAGGGAAAACAAUUGAAGAAGUUUGGAAUGGUGCUUUCUCCAGGUGGAGUGCGAAACGCGUCCAGGGCGUCACCGUUUUCUGUGUGGGAUUCAUAGGUGGUCUCUCCCCUGAACAGUAGCUGUGGGUAGCUCAUUCACUCCGUAUUUAUGAAUUGUUUUUAUUUUUCCUUUGGAUACUGUUAUUUUAUACACUUGAUACUAUCUUGUACAUAUGAUAUUGGAAUUACAUCAUCAUACACAAGGACUGCUGUUUAUAGUGUGAUGCCAUGUGUAUUUAUUUAUAUCACUUUUUUCAAUAAAUGUGCUACUUUUCCAUUACCUUUUUUUUUGGAGUGUUUUGGCUUUACCUAUGUUUGCGGACGUCUGUUUUAUUUUUUUGUUUUUCUAGCUUAUUACAUUGCCUUAUGUUUAUUUGUUCUUUUAGGUGCAGCAUUUCUGGGUAUAACGACAAUAUAUGCAGAGAGCGGUUCUGGUUUUGUUGUGCCCAGUGCCUCUGCUAAAGCUGGUGUUGAUGCUCUUUACAAGUGAGUUGUACAGAUUAUACUACUGGUUGUAGUGGUAUAAUAUGCAAUCAGAUUUCUAUAAAUUUCAGAGCAAUGGUAGAUCUCGAGGCAAUUCAGAGAAUACAUUACCGAGCAAGUUAACUAUAUUUACUAUCGUCUAUAUAAAAAAAUAUUAUUUACCAAACUGUAUCUGAGUUGAUCCAGUUGAGAUCUUUUUCUGGAUUCUUGUCAGUCUAAAUACACCUAAACGUAUAACCAGUAGCUCUCAAAUUGUUCCUAAGCUAUCAGAAUUAGAGGGUCGCUCAACCUUGGUACCAUUACCACAAAUAAUACAAAGUUCAGGGUGAGCAAUAAUAAUCACCAAAACACAGUGCAAUAUAUUUAUUACAGGACCUUCAAAAUGCACCUUGACGAAGACCUGUAAGGUUGAAGUGUGUUGUACUUUUAUCCUGGACUUUUAAUCUGCUGUUUGUUGCUGCUAAUUCCUGUAUUUUUCAAGUAAAUUUAUUUUAACUUGCUUCAAGUCUCCCUACAAAAUUUGAGGAGGAAGGAGCUACAGGAUCAAAAUUACAUCACAGAAGCAUUGCUCAUUGAAAAGCCCACAUAGCCAGAGCCUGCUAUAUGUGGCUCUGGGAAGUGUGAGUGACACAUUACCACUACUUGUUUAUCUUUCUGUGUGUUAAAACCGUAUUAUGUUAUGUGAGCCUUUCUUGUUUUUACAGAUUAAUCAGGGGUGUACUAUCAGGAUUUUCCUGUCAUAAGUAUUUCUCACUGUGUGUUGGUGAUUAUUAUUGUGCACCCUGAACUUUGUAUUAUUUGUGAUAUUGUGUAUAGCAGUGGUAGUCAACCUUUUCCUACCUACCGCCCACUAAUGCAUUAUUGUUGAUGGAAAAACUUCCUUCCCGCCCACCAGUUAAGCACAAGUGCGGAAUAUUUUUUAGAAAGGAGGGUGUUUUAAAAAUUUUUUACGUACAUUUAUCUUUUUAUAUCUAUUUUAUGCAAUUUUAUAAUGUUUUUAACUUUAUAAAGUUUAAUGAAAAAACAAUAAAGUAAAUUGAAAUUACCUUUACUAGUGAUUAAUGAGAUCCUUGAGGUUGAUGCUGCGACUGCGAGACUAAAUAUUUGAUAUCUGGUUCGCUUUACGUAAGGAACAAACGAAGGUCUCCUCUUUCGGUGAUAGUCAGACGAUUUCUGUGUUUGCUCAUAAUAUGAUUUCUCAUCUGUGCGCCAGCUCCCCUCCUCUCCCUCCUCAAUUCCCCUCCCCACUUUUUUAUUUUUUUCCUUUUUCUAUUUUUUAACCUUCCUUAUAGCAAUGCCCAGUAGGAAGGCUGAGCUAGGUAGCCCACUUACUAUUACUUAGUAUAGCCCACUAUAACAGACAGGCACACACACAACACACUACACACAUACAUACAUACAAACAAACAGAAAGGCAUACAUACAUACAGACACACAUACAUACAAAGACACACACAUAAGACAUACAUACAAAGACAUAUACACACAUACAUAUAAAGACCACACACACACACACAUAUAUACAGACAUACAUACAGACAAAUACAGACAGACACGCACAUACAUACAAAGACACAAACACACAAACAAACACACACAAAAUAUUUUAGUCACCCUCCUGUUUCCUACCUUUUAGGUGCAGGAGGGUGACAUUCCCUGUGGUCCAGUGGUGGCUCAGGUGGAUGGGAGUCAGAGUUCCGAUUCUGACUCCCUCUGCUUUCUCCCGUGCUGUCUGUGUGUUAGCUGGGAGGAGUGACGUGCAGUCACUUCCUCCCAGCUCCGUGUGAUGUAAUCACUGGGGGCCCGGUUGCGCUGUUAAAGCGCCCAGCGCUGACCGGGCCCCCUUACAAUCCAUAACCAUCGGGUAGCCCUGACAGCAUGGGCCACCUGAUGAACUCCUUGGACGGCGGCCCCCCGGCAGUGUGCCGCGCGGACCAGGGCCACAAAUGGUGAUGGCAGAAACACGGUCGCAGGGGUACCGCUGGCUCGCACCCGCCCGCCCAAUCUCUCAAAAUGAGGAAAUCCUACCGGCCACCUGGAAUCCUGAAACGCCCACUAGUGGGCGUUAGGGACCAGGUUGACGACCGUGGUGUAUAGUGUCUUGUGAGUGACACUAGGGUAGUUGCACUUGCACCUUUGUAAUUGGUGCCAAUCCAUCAAUUUUCAAUCUUUUUCUCUGGAUUGUUACAUCUUGGUACCGUUACAGUGAGCUGUUGUAUUUAUGGUUCUCACAGAUUCUGUAGGAGAUGCCCCCCUAGUUUGUGGCAUACUGUUUUUUUCUGUGUGAUAUUUGGGUAGUAAUUAAGAAGGCUGAGAGUGCUAUUAGCCCUGUAGACACAACUGACCAUUUCUGUUGGACAGACUGAUCUGUAUGUUCUUCACUUGAUUUGCGCCAUAGACUCUGCAAGGAGUUGUUGUAGUUAUGGUGCUAGAAUCAUGAUUUUCUUAAAUGGCCACUGGCUGCUUAUGUAUACAAUUUAAAUCCAUAAAUAAAUAAUGUUGUGGGCAGGUCCGAGGAAGGGUCUCAAGUUUUGAUAGUUUGAAGGGAAUGUGUGAAAUCCUUAAAGGAUCACUAUAGUGUCAGGAAAACAAAGUGGUUUUGCUGACACUAUAGUGCCCUGAGGGUUCCCCCACCCUCAGGGUCCCCCUCUCGUGGUGCUGAAGGGGUUAAAACCCCUUCAGUUACUUACUUUAAUCUAGCGCCAGGCUCCCUCGGCGCUGGUGACCUCUCCUCCCCCGCCGACGUCAGCGGAGCCGAAUGCGCAUGCGCGGCAAGUGCCGCGCGCGCAUUCAAAGUGUCCAUAGGAAAGCAUUUCUUAAUGCUUUCCUAUGGAGGCGAAAUAUGCCUCCAGCGUCGCAGAUGCGCCUCUAGUGGCUGUCCGGAAGACAGCCACUAGAGGCUGGAUUAACCCCAAAUUUACACAUAGCAGUUUCUCUGAAACUGCUAUGUUUACAUCUGAAGGGUUAAAACCUGAGGGACCUGGCACCCAGACCACUUCAUUGAGCUGAAGUGGUCUGGGUGACUAUAGUUUCCCUUUAAAAUAUCGUAACCUUCUAGGGCACACUCUAAGCACCAUAGCCACUGCAAUGCACUGAAGUGGCUAUAGUGCAAGGAGUGCCCUGGCUCCCCACCCCCCAACGUAACUAACUUUUGGUACAACGCUCUAUGGUGAUUACGGUGCUUGGGGUGUUUAACCUUUUCCUUUUCUUUUUUUCUUCAUGAGUUUUAAUUUAUCCAUUGUUUCAGAUCACUGGCGUCUGAAUGGGGAAGAUAUGGCAUGAGAUUCAAUGUGAUACAGCCUGGUCCAAUAAAGACAAAGGUAUGCUCAUAUGUAGAUACAAAUUUGAAGUGAAAAUAAAAUUAUUAAUUGUUAAACACUUAAAAAAUGUAAAUGUUAAUAAAUGUUUUCCAACUAAUAGGGUGCAUUUAGUCGACUUGACCCGAUGGGAGUUUUUGAAAAAGAAAUGUUACAGAGGCUUCCAUGUGGGCGCCUGGGAUUGCCAGAGGAAAUUGCCAACCUUGCCAUAUAUCUCUGCAGUGACUACGCUAACUGGGUUUCAGGAGCAGUAAGUAAUAUUAAAAUCAUAUUUUCCAGCCUAUUUAUCAUUAACUGUGGACUUUUAUCUUUCUACUCUUGGUGCUUGCCAACUUACUUAAAGGACCACUAUAGUGCAAGGAAAACAAACUGGUUUUCCUGGCACUAUAGUGCCCUGAGGGUGCCCCCACCCUCAGGGUCCCACUCCCGCCGGGCUGAAGGGGGAGGAAGGGGGUUAAACACUCACCUUUCCCCAGCACCGGGCUCCCUUGGCGCUGGGGACUCUCCUCCUCCUUCGGUCGUCAUCAGCUGAAUGUGCAUGUGCGGCAAGAGCCGCGCGCGCAUUCAGCCAGUCCAUAGGAAAGCAUUCUCAAUGCUUUCCUAUGGACGCUGGCGUCUUCUCACUGUGAAAAUUACAGUAAGAAGUGCGGAAGAGCCUCUAGCGGCUGUCAAUGAGACAGCAACUAGAGGCUGGAUUAACCCAUUUGUAAACAUAGCAGUUUCCCUGAAACUGCUAUGUUUACAGCAGACAGGGUUAAUCCUAGAGGGACCUGGCACCCAGACCACUUAAUUAAGCUGAAGUGGUCUGGGUGCCUAUAGUGGUCCUUUAAUAUACCUACAAUUGUAUGUUUGCUUGUUUAUUUUUUUUUUAUUUUUUUUAAGCCACCAUUCAUGAGCAAACUGAAUCAUCAUUCACUGAAAUGUAAAUUAAUGAGAGAGUGUGUGUGUGUAACAAAUUAUUUAAAAGUGUGUGUGUGUUGUUUUUUUUAAAUUUUUUUAUUUAUAUGUUGAGGUUUUUUUUAACUCCCACUUAUCGACAUCAUUGCAUGGCCCAGUAUUGACCUUACAGUCGUCACCUCUUAACCCCUGUACUAUGGUAUCACUAAAUACUAACCCCUGCACUGCCUCAAUGCUAACCAUUAACAAAUGUGAGGAAGGCUGAACUUGAUGGACGCAAGUAUCUUAUCAGCUAUGUAACUAUGUAACCCAUACAUUACCCUAACUAUACAAUGUGUGUAUGUAUGUAAGUGUGAGCAUUCAAGAUUUUAAUCUUUUGUCUCUUCUACAAAAAAAAACAAAAAUAUACAAUCCUCACCCAAUCAGGAAUUAUUUGGAUCAGAGGGUGAGCUAAGCACUGCAUUAUCUCAUUAUCAUUUUAACAAACUGAAGUUGUCUUCCCUCUUCCACUCCUUUACAUUACUUUCUCAUGGCAUGCAUAUGCAAAACUUUGACCUCACAUACUUGUUGGUUGGGUUGAGAUUAUAAAGGUGAAGGGGACUGAAAGAGAGGGUAAAGGGGUCGAGAUAAAGAAGAGUAGAAGAAGGCCAGCUAUAAUUUUAUUUUACUUGAUUUUAGAAAGGUAACUGAAAAAAGAAAAAAUUCUGUUAGUGGUCUGUUAGUAAGGAGUCCUUUAUACUAGGGCCCCCUUAUGGUUGUCUUCCGCUGUGCUAAAAAAAUAUUUUCAUAUCUAUAAAUUUAUUAUAAAAUAGGGAGAAGUGCAAAACUACACGUUAACAUAGGUGUAAUGUGUAUAUUAAUCUCACACCUUGGCUAAUCAUAGUAUUGCAAAUUGCAUAAACCAUUUGUAAACUGUCUGGAGAAUGCAUUUUGUUUUGUAAAAUGGAGUUCAUGCUGUGCCUAAUCUGUGUCUUAUUUUAAAAUGCAAAGGAAGUGGCACAUACCAAUUAAAACAGUUUCCUUUAUUCUGCCUUUAAUUAGUUUUUUUUUUGUUUUGUUUUGUUUGUUUUUAAGUUGUCCUUAAUAAUAAAAGUCAUCAGUUAAGAGCUUUUUGACUUGAACCACUUUAGACUCCAGCUGAACCUGUGCAGAUUACAUAUUUGUGGUGUCUGCUUCUGGAGAGCUAAUUGUUUAUUUUGGAUCUUUAGUCUAAAUGUUUUGGAGUGUGUAGAGAAGCUGUGCAGGCUGAUGUAACUUUAAACUGGUUUAGCAAUGGUUAUGUUCACUUUGUACCAGGAAUAGCGAGUUUUCGUAUUUUAAAUACCGUACUGCCAGUUAGUUAAUAAAAUAGUUAGAACCCUGUUUUGACAGAUGAAUUUGAAUAAGAAGUGCAGUUAAGCGUUGAUUUCAAACUGACCUUUUCCAAUUUGAUUUCCAUAUAAUUUAGCAAUAAACUACAACUUGCUGUUAAGGAAAUGCAAUCCUUGGUUUAAAUUCAAAGUAAAAAAAUAUAUAUAUAUAUAUAUCUGUAUGUAAAGAUAUCGAAAUAAAAAUAUAUAAAGCAUGUCUGUCCGUCUAUCAUGCAAAGCAAUGAUUUUGUUCUAAAAAAGAUUAAUAUUGAAAUGUUUUGGUCAAGCAUUCCUGAAUCUUACCGAUUGACAGGUAAUAGUGAAAUUAAGGUAGUAGCCACUGGCUAUUUAUGCAGUUUUGUAACAGCUGGAGAGCUAUAGCUGUUUGUACCUUAUUGCAUAUGUUGCCAGAUAAUAAUGCAUAACUGAUCUUUGACAGAAGUGCUGAUUAGUGUAUUUUUUUUAACAGAUCAUUAGGAUGGAUGGUGGUGAAUAUGUGUUUAUGGCAGGGGAGUUUAAUAGCCUGCAAAAGGUAAUGUAUCAUUUUAUCUGCAUUCUAAAAAAUCUAUUUUGAAACGAUAAUUACAGAUUGCUGAUGCUGUAUUGCUAAAAUACCAGUUAUACAUUGCCUUGUAUGGCAAGGAUCCAAUUUGACUUUGUUUCAGGAGCGAUGGUUCUUCGACCACUGUAGGAUGGUAUUCGAUAGAUUGUGGUGGAAAUUAGGGAUCGACCGAUUAUCGGUUUUACCAAUAUAAUCGGCCGAUAUUCGGUAUUUUCGGCAAUAUCGGUAUCGGCCAUUAUAGAUACCGAUAUUGCCGAUUAAUACCUCCUAGGACCACUGGGCUCAUUAGGUCCUGGAGGGGCCCGCAGGUAGCAUUUACUUACCUUUCCUGCAGCUCCUCCAGCUCCCCAGUGCAAAUCUUGCGAGACCCGCGGCCGUCAGAGCGUUGCCACGGGUUACCAUGGCAGCGCUCCGCACGGCACACAGACCGCAAGAUUUACACUGGGGAGCUGGAGGAGCUGCAGGAAAGGUAAGUAAACUCUACCUGCGGGCCCCUCCACUACUCAGCCAAUGCCACUGGACCACCAGGGACUGUCAUAUCCCCCCUCCCUGGCCAGGUAACAAGCAGGGAGGAGGAAAAAAAUAAAAAAUAAAACAUAUAAAUAUUAAAAAUAAACAUAAAUAUUAAAAAUUAAAAUAAAACAAACGUUAAAAAUUACAAUAAAAAAUGCCUCCCUUCCCCCCCCCCAUUUUACACAAAUCACAUCCCUUCAGGAAAACACACACACUAUGCAUUAUAUACACACACUACACACUGUAUAUAAUGCGUAAUGUAGUGUGUGUAUAAUGCACACACUACACGCUGCAUUAUAUGUACACACACUGCACUCACUUUACGCACACUACACACACACUGCAUUCCUUUUACAUACCGCACACUACAUAAACACACACACACUGUGCAUUUAUUAUAUACACACUACACAAACAGUCACUGCAUUAACUAUACACAUUACACAAACAGUCACUUCAUUAACUAGACACACUACAGUCACUGCAUUAACUAUACACACUACACAAACACACCCUGCAUUCAUUAUAUACACUACACAAAUACACACAGCUCCACUGUAUAAACACAAUGCAUCCAGUGAAUGUGGCAUGUAUAUUUUGUGCAUUUACCUUUAGAAAUAUUAUAUUUUAUAGUUUAUUUUUUCAAAAUGGUAAAUGUACAGAAUAUCGGCUAUCAGCCUAAAAGUAAACAGAUUAUCGCUAUCGGCUCCAAAAAAAAUCAAUAUCGGUCGAUCCCUAGUGGAAAUUGUCAUAUAUAACAGAGUGGACUAGCAGAAUCUAAAAGCUCUGUCUUUACCACUACCCAGGAGGUAUUGGAUGCCAUUUAGUAAUUAAGGCCCUGGCAUAUCAAAUUGCGCAUACAGCGGAUUUAGGGAAAAUCAAGCAGGUUCAAGGGGCCUAUCCCGAUAGCUGCGGUAUGCCUGGUGACAAUGUCUCACAGGACUCCCAGCAUAACUUAAUUUUCCUAUAGAAUACUUCUGUUCUCUAUAAAUCAUUUUAUCUGCUAUUUUUGUGAACUAUAUUUUCAAAUCUGUUUUCAUAUUUUACCUAUACUGGUGGAGCUACAGAAUAGUUAAAUCUAUAAUAUUUAAUAUAUGUUUGUUAAAAUGAGAGUGGCUUGCAUAUCUACUUUUCUUGGUUUAUUAUUUAAACUCCUUAAAGUAGAAAACUGAAAUCUGAAUUGAAAGUUUGAGGCUCAAUUAAGUAAGCGGAGACCGUAUUUUAGCAUAGAUUUUGGCAUUUGCAGUGGUGAGUAACGUGUAUGACUUUCUAGGAGAGCCCAACUUAAAAUUAUAUUAUAUGAAUGAAAAUUUAGUUCUGCAAAUCCUUUUACAAAUUGUAGCUCACGUCUUACUUUCAUAUUUUAUAGGUUACCAAUGAACAGUGGGACAUAAUGGAAAAAUUAAUCAGGAAGACAAAAGGCUCCUAGAACUAUUUCGGGUUCCAUUGACAUAACUUUUUGUAGUCGAGCACCUAAGGAACAAUUAUAUAUUUUGAUUAGGAGUAGUAUCCUAAUGAAUAAUAAUAUAAUUCUACAAAAAUAUGAUUAGUAAAUGCCACAUAAUUAUGUAUCAUUUUUCAAAUAAUUUUUGCAUAUUAAAACAUUCUGCACUUCAGUAUUACUUAUUAUCUUUAAAUAGAUAAAGGAAGUUCCGUUCAAGCUCUGCAUGUUCAGUUAUACCCAUCACCUUGACAAUUGCAUAUUGAAUUUAAUUUAGAAUGUAUCUCCGGCUCUGUUAAUUGAUUGCUAGAACCCACAGCAUCCUCUUGUGUGUGAUGAAAGACCAGUUAAUAGAACAGGAGUAAAGAACUUCUAAAGUAAACAAAGUAUGCUGUAAAACGAAACCUUUUAUUCAUGGAAACGGUAAGUCUCAGCUAUGGGAUGUGUGGCUAGGGCUCUGUAAGCAAAGUAAUUUAACUCAAACCAUAAACAGCAAAGGAUUGAGCAGUGAGAUUGCAGUAGCAUCAUCUAUACACCAAAACCACUUCAUUAAGCUACAGUUGUUUACACCUGUUUAAAACUUGAAAAUUCUACACAAGUUGUUGCAGUUUUAUGGCCAUUGGCAUUGCAGGAUACGAUGUGAAUGAUAUAAAUUAUAACAAAGUUCCAUUCAAAAACCAUUCUGAUUUUGAAUGUUGGCUUCAUGAAUGCGGUGUGGCAUUAUGAGCCUUUUUCUGUCAGAAAAAAACUAAGCAUAUAUAUUUUUUACAGGUAAGUACAUAAUUAACUUUAUAACAUUUUGACUUAAAACUUAAUGUGUUUUAUUACAAACAUCUAGUGGAAUAUGGCUGCUGUUUUUUUUUUUUUUUUGUAGAAAAAAAGUAAGUAUUUAUGCCAUGUUGAAAGCUCUGUAAUUGUGUUUACCUUCAAAGCAAGCAAAACCAUGUAUUAGACACAAAUGCUGGUUAGCCAGAAAUGUUAUUUUUUCUUCUCAGAUUACUAGGUUAUGUCCAGUUCACUGUGUAAAAUCAAUCUCUGCCUGCCUAUAUAAUUUUAAUGCUCAAUUAUUUCUAUGAAGGACUCUUCUGAUUGCAUUAUAUAAAGACUGUAUUUUUUUUUUUUUAGAGUCUAAAGUAUAUCAUUUUUCUUGCUUGAUAUUCUUGCGUCAUUUGCUGUGUGAUGGCUUUCUCAAGAUCAACUGACCAUGAAUAACCCGGCAGCAUAAAAUGUUUUUUUGUUGUUGUUUUUUUCCUUUAGGACAAUGCAAGAAUUUAUUUUUUUUAUCACAAUUUCAGUAAGAAUUGUUUGGUUUAAAAUAUAAUUUUUUUUUUCAAACAGCCAGUUAAUCAAAAUACUUGUCAUAGAAGUGUGUAACAAGAACAAAAUAAAUGCAUUUUUACAGCUAUAUAGUGAUUAAAGCUCCCCCCACAUUGCAGGACAUUUUGUUCCCCUGGGUAGCCCCAUUUUUUUUGGCAUAAUAAUGAUCAUGUAAGAAAAUUAUAGAAAACCAAAAGUAGGGACUAUACUUCCUUAUAUAGAAAUGCAGGUUGGAGCUUUUGUCAAGUUACACUAUCUGUCAACUUUGUAAUUGGCUAUCCACAUCAUACUCCCCUCUUUCCAGUGUAUAGUCACUUGCCUCACCUGUGCCCUAACACCCAAAUGGUAAACACUGGCACGCAAAAUUGUGUUGUUGUUUUUUUCACAUUUUAAUUUGUAUUGAAAAUGUGCAAAAUGGCUAUUACAACGCAUGUAAUUCACAAGAAGUCACCAAAUUGGGAGUAUGUAAUAGUAACAUAAAUGGAGUGGCACCGAAAUAACAAAUUUGCUGAGUGCACCCUUCUGAACCCUUUCAACCCCACAAACAUACAGGUUGACAGAUGGUGUGAAGCAUUGUGCCCCAUCAACCUUGCAGUGCCAACACUGGGACUUGCCAUCCUAUACAUCUGGGCCAUACUACUAGGGACCAGCACAUCAACAAAUUGCACCUUCUCUUUCAGUGUCGUAUGCUACAGAAUACCUCUGCAUUUGGGCCGCGGCCAAUCUCUAUUGCUCAAGUUAGAAGGCCUCCUUAAUUAGGCUGUUCUCGUUUUAUCAUGUAGGGUAGCUUUGAGAGAGAGGUGAUGCCAAUCGGCAAUAAAUAUAUACAAAUGCUAGGGGUUUGAGGGGCUUCAGUCUCCCAUACAAAGCUUGUGGAAUGUAUUUUGUGAUGUUUUAUCAGUGCACAGUCCCCGUAAUAUUCUUUACACGGAGGUAUGUGAACAUGUCUUUCAAGGGCAAGUUAAAUUCUCUCCGUAUGAUUGGGAGGCUUUUGGAAUCAAAAAGCUGGGACCCCCUCUGAAUUCCACCCUAUUCCCACCUAUCCAUAUUAAGGUCCAGGGAAAACACUGAUAGGGCAGACAGGGGCACUUGUAGUAGUUUAGGGACAGGUAAGACUGUAUAUUCAUGCCAAGUGGAUAGGGAAAAGCCAGAGGUCUGAAGCAAGGUUAUUCCUAAGCGCCCCAACAGCUGACUAACCGUGUAUUUAUUUAUGUAUGUAUGCGUUUUCCAACAUGAGCCACAGGGGCGUCUGUGAAGCUGAUAAUGUUGCUAUCAGUUGGCAGAUCGCUGUGGCUUUGUAGUAUAGAUUGAUAUGGGGAACACCCAGGCUCAAUUUCUUGAGAUGCAGUUUCAUUGACCUGCACAACACCCAAGGAGGUUUAUGUCUCCAUAUGAAGCUAUUAGUAUUUGCUGAAAUUUAUUGAUUAAAGUGGUAGGAAAAUGAUAGGUGGCAACAUCAUUUUAAUUGUGUUGACCCUGCCAGACCAGAACAUUACAGUUCUGUAAUAGAAUGAUCUGAUUUGGACAUUACAGACCAAUGGCUUAAAUGACCACUGUAGUGCCAGGAAAACAUACUUGUUUUCCUGGCUCUAUAGGGUCCUUGGGCCGCCCUCCCGCCGGGCUCUAGGGUGAGGAAGGGGCUAAUCCCUUACCUUUUUUCCAGCGCCGGGCUCCCUCGGCGCUGGGGACUCUCCUCCUCCUUUCCCCGUCAUCGGCUUAAUGCGCAUGCACGGCAUGAGCUGCGCGCACAUUCAGCCAGUCCAUAGGAAAGAAUUCUCAAUGCUUUCCUAUGGACGCUGGCGUCUUUUCACUGUGAAAAUCACAGUGAGAAGCGCGGAAGCGCCUCUAGCGGCUGUCAAUGAGAAAGCCACUAGAGGCUGGAUUAACCCAUUUGUAAACAUAGCAGUUUCUAUGUUUACAGCAGAAAGGGUUAAUCCUAGAUGGACCUGGCACCCAGACCACUUCAUUAAGCUCAAGUGGUCUGGGUGCCUAUAGUGGUCCUUUAAGGGAUAAAAUGAAGAUAUGGGGGGAUAAAGGACAGCCUGCCUUGUGUUGUUCGAAAUGGGGAACGGUUUGUAUAAGAAACCUGUAUUUGGGAUUCCUGCUGAGGAGUUUGAGUGGAGGGCCAACACUCUUGAUGAAAAUGGGAAACCUUUUUUUUAACACUUCAAUAAUGUAAAGCCAAUUAAGAUUUUCAUCAUCUUACAUCAAUAGUACUCCUGGAUAUUAGUUUUAUAGGCCAUUUUCCGGAUUUCAAGGAAGCACCUCGUAUUGUCCCUAGGACAAAGUCUGCUUGUUGGCCAAAACUAGCGUGGGCAGAAGAGAGCUCGGUCGGUCAGUUUGGUAUACAUUUUUAUGUCUGCGUUGAAAUUGGUCUAGUUUGCACUUACCGUAUAUUGGAUGGUUUACAAGGUUUUGGAAGUGUUAUUAUGUGGUCUUACAAUAAUUCAGAAGGAAACAAUUCCGGAGGUCAUAAUACAAUUAAAAAGUGAGAUGGGGAGCUAGGAUAUUAAAGUAUUUGAUGUACUACAAAUUUGAGGAACUGUUGUGUCCUGGUGUUUUGUUAGUCUUCAUAAUACCUUUCUGAGUUCCUCCUGCACUUAUCUGUCCACUCCCACUGUUAUUUAAUUUAAAAUCCCUCAUCUAAUGCCCACAUGUGGGAACACAGGGACUAUGUAUCUAUGCCACUGCACAGUCACUGGUUUUAGUAGAUAUGCUCCAUCUGCUGCAUUGUCUUAUUUUUAUUUUCUGUAUACUACUCAUUUUGCCAUAAGCGAAAGCUGUAAAGCAACAGUAGUAAGGAUAAGCCUCAACUUCCAAUUUUAGUGUACAGUUAGUAACCGUGAGCUUUUAUAAAAUACCAGUUGAUGUCUUUCAUUUAUAACCAAGUCAAUUCACAACCAGGCGUACACGUCUCCAUCUCUAUUCCAAACUAACGUGUACCAAACCUUGUGCAUGCUGCAAAAUUUUAUUCCCUUUACUGAAAACUAGCUCAACCACCACUACACAGUCAUGUGUAAAUGGGUAUAGAAUAUAUAAAGUAUAAGCGUGUUUGUUAGAAUCCCUGAUAAAAAUAGAAUAAUAAAGGGAAGAAUGAUAGAAAGAUGCAUUAUCGGUCAAGGGAAAUGGCCAAGCUUAAUAAAAUAAUACUAUGGAUGCAGUAUGAUUAAGGAGAGAAACCAUGUAUUGGUGAAAUUGUGAAACAGAUUUUUUUUAUGGUGUGAAGUUUGUCAUCAUCCAAGCAAUUUGCUGAACAUUGUAAUUGUGUGAGUGCACAAUUAAUUGUAAGCGCUUGAAGAUCCUCACAAAUAUGCUACUUACUGUCCUGUUCAAUUAAAUUUUUAAAUUUUAUUUUCUACUUUUCUUAGGUCACUGUUUCUAGUGUUUAACCCCUUAAGGACCAAACUUCUGGAAUAAAAGGGAAUCAUGACAUGUCACAUAUGCCGUGUGUCCUUAGGGGGUUAAGUUUUAGGGUAUCCUCAUGGAUGAGACUAAUCAAGGGGUAAGCAACCUAAGUCACUCCAGAUGCCAAUUACAUUUCCCAUAAUGCUAUUACUAGCAAAGCAUCAGGGGAGAUCUAGUCAUCAACAUCUAGUGCCAAUGGUUGCCUAUUCCUGGACGGGUCCCUGAUCAUGGAAAAACUAGCUAAAAUAUGUUUGUGGAGCUUCCUUGUGGGCAACGUAACUCUUGCAAAAAGUGAAAAUGUUAUCUUAAUCAGUGAAUAUCUAACACAUGCCUUAUGGAUAAAUCCUGACAUCUACAUUUUAAAGAGCUUUGCAGUCUGUUAAUUCAUCCUACUAAAUUUUCCUGAUAUAUAGCCAGAGCCCUCCAUAUCUCCUACCCUAGCUAUGGAGUUUUUUUAUUUAUUUUUUAUUUGCCACUGUUUAAGGAUACCUUUCAUGCUCCUGUACAUAACAGGGUAGUAAAUAGUAAUGUAUUGCCCCUCAUUGAACAUUCCAGUUGUGUCUACCAUUUUGAAUAAACUGUUAGAAAAUACUAAAAAAAGUG